CUUCAACGUGACUACAGAGCCCCGUGCAACUAGUCCCGCCCACAACAGCCAAUCAGAAGCGCUGCGGGGCGUGUACGGGCGGGGACAUCGCCUCCUGCUACCCAAUCACGGCUUUUUGUCCAACAGUACAUGUACCGGCACGUGUAUCCCUUCGUGUAAACUACUGUUGGGGGUGGAGAAAGAAAAUGUUCUGAGAGCUCAUACGGACGGCACAGCAAGGACGGUCGGUAAUACCAGGAUUUUUGCCGUUUCUCCGAGCAGUUUCUUGUCGAGGAAUAUCGAAGCCGUGUGUUUUUCGCGAAGCAUAUCUAAGGUAGCCUUCAGCACUUAGAGCAGCACAUCUCCGAAGCGGCGACAAGACCAGCUACGGACUGAAGAGAUUGUUCGGGGGGGUUUUUUUUCUUGCUCUAACCAAGAGCUGUUUUUCUCACUCUCCCUCACAAUCUCUCAUCCCAUCUGUUGGAACACUUAUGCCAAGGCUGUUUCACGAGCAGAAAAUUGCGUCUUGUCUGCAUUACUUUGAGCGACACUUUUUCUCAAGAUAAUUGCUGUCUUUUUUGAAAAGGGCAAACACUGCCUUUUGUCAUUUGCAACAGCCAACAUCUGCACCUAUAAAAGGGCUUUAAGCCCAAACCUCUUUCUUGUCACUUUUUUUGCAGGAGAAACAAUGGAUUUCUCUCCUUAGUUCUUUUAACAAACAGCCAGCAAAAAUGAUUCACCUGUUUGUAAAUAGUAGUCCCACUUAAAUCAAAGUUGUUCCUGUUUUACCUCGGCUGACACCUCAAUCAAGCUGUCCCAGCCUCAUUUUACUCUAGUAUGAGUUAUGACAACCCUAAAUCAAUGCCCGGCAGCAGCACCCGGGGGCGAGUGGCAAGGGCCGAUGAUAAAGACAAUGAGCAGGAAGCUGAGUCCGAGGGGUUAAACUCCGUGGCAACCGGCAGCGGUCAGCCCGGUGCCAAUGUCGCCUCUCAGGAGCAGGAGAGUGGGUCUGGAGGCGCUUCGUCUCCCAGCGGAGGGUCGGGAUCCGGAUGUUCGUCCAGAGACCGAAGGGGACCCAACUCGGACGAUAUGGACGGACUAUCCAGCGGGAAUGACUCCGGCGAGAGGGAAAGCGAGGGCGGGAUGGAGAGGGAGAGCGGCUCACAUGGACGCCAAUCCACACGCAGCUCACACAGCUCGUCCAACGGCAAGGACUCUGGCAUGAUGGAAACGACAGAGAGCAACAAGAGCUCCAACUCCCAGAGUCUGUCCCCUCCCAGCGGCUCCCUGGCCUACAGCCUGCUGUCCACCAGCUCAGAGCAUGACCCCCCCUCCACCUCUGGCUGCAGCAGUGACCAGUCGGCGAGGGUCCAGACCCAGAAGGAACUCAUGAAGGCCAUUAAGGAGCUGAAGUUGCGCCUUCCCAAUGAGCGCAAGGCCAAAGGCCACUCCAGCACUCUAAAUGCACUAAAAUAUGCACUUCAGUGUGUCAAACAAGUUCGAGCCAACAAAGAGUACUAUCAUCAGUGGAGCGUAGAGGAGUGUCACGGCUGCAGUCUGGACUUGUCUGCCUUCACAAUUGAGGAGCUUGACAACAUCACCUCAGAAUACACCCUCAAAAACACUGACACUUUCUCCAUGGCUGUAUCAUUCUUGUCAGGGCAAGUCGUAUAUGUAUCACCGCAGGGAUCGUCCCUGCUGCGCUGCAAGCCCGAGUUUCUCCAGGGGAUCGUGUUUUCAGAGCUCUUAGCCCCGCAGGACGUUAGCACCUUCUACAGCGGCACGGCACCCUGCCGCCUGCCACCCUGGGCCUCCUGCAUCGGAUCUGCGACUCCCUCUGUCGACUGCACUCAGGAGAAGUCCAUGUUCUGCCGCAUCAGUGCCGACCGGACGCAGGGCCGCGAGAUGCGCUACUACCCCUUUCGCCUCACGCCCUACCAGCUGACCAUCAGAGACUCAGACGGCGCUGAGCCACAGCCCUGCUGCCUGCUCAUCGCAGAGAGGGUCCACUCUGGAUACGAGGCUCCUCGUAUCCCAGCAGACAAGAGGAUCUUCACCACCAGUCACACUCCCAGCUGCCUCUUCCAGGAAGUUGAUGAGAGGGCAGUGCCAUUGUUGGGCUACCUGCCUCAGGACUUGGUGGGAACCCCCACCCUGCUCUACAUCCACCCUGAAGACAGGCCCAUGAUGGUGGCGAUACACGAGAAGAUCUUUCAGUUUGCAGGGCAGCCGUUUGAAUAUUCACCUUUGAGGAUGUGCGCCCGCAAUGGGGAAUAUCUGACCAUCGAUACCAGCUGGUCUUCCUUUGUCAACCCCUGGAGCCGGAAGGUGGCGUUCAUCGUAGGGCGCCACAAAGUCAGAACGAGCCCUUUGAACGAAGAUGUGUUCACGACACCGCCGGGCAGCGAGAGUCGGGUCACCACGCCUGACGUGGUUCAGCUUAGCGAGCAGAUCCACCGGGUCCUGGUGCAGCCAGUGCAUAGCGGCGGCUCCCAGGGCUACAGCUCGCUCGGUUCCAGCGGCUCACGGGGCUCCCACCGCUCACAUCAACAGCACCUCAGCGCCUCCGCUGCCUCGUCCAGCGACAGCAACGGCCCCGCCAUGGAAGUGGUUGCUGCUGCAGUUACUUCGCACAAACCGAUGACGUUCCAGCAGAUCUGCAAAGAUGUUCACAUGGUCAAGACUAACGGACAGCAGAUGUUUAUCGAGUCCCGUAACCGGCCAGCGCCUAGAAAAAACACCAGCGCAGGCCCAGCAAACAUAAGGGCCAUUAGCAGCGACCCAAUCAGAGGUUUGAUAGCCGACCUUACGAAGCCUCCCAAAGCUUUGGUCCCUGCACCACUUGUACAGAAGGAGGCUCCCACCGGCUACUCCUACCAGCAAAUCAACUGUCUGGACAGCAUCAUAAGGUACUUGGACAGCUGUAACAUUCCUAACACAGUCAAAAGGAAGUGCGGCUCGUCCUCGUGCACCUCCACGUCUGAUGACGACAAACAGCAGGAGGCCAGCGGCAACAACAAAGGUGGUUCAGUUAGCCUUGUAGGUGAACCACCUUCUCUGCCACCGCUCACCAUGGCCACAAAGGCAGAGAGUGUAGCCUCAGUCACGUCCCAGUGUAGCUUCAGCAGCACCAUCGUGCAUGUUGGAGACAAGAAGCCUCCAGAGUCAGACAUCAUCAUGGAGGAGGCUACCAUGACUCCCAUGCUCGCCACUCCUACAACUACCUUGACUCGUCCGGCCAGCAGCCUGACACCUCCCGCUAACACAGCCAUCACCUCUCCCCCUCCUCUUGCUCCCCCUCCCCCUCCUCAAGCCACUCAGCCAGAGAGGGACACCCGAAGAAGUGGGGGUGUAGGAGGAGGAGGUGGGGGAGGCAGGAUGGGUCUGACGAAGGAGGUGCUGUCCGCCCACACCCAGCAAGAGGAGCAAGCGUUCCUUGACCGCUUCAAGGACCUCAGCAAGCUGCGCGUGUUCGAUCAUACGGCGUCUCCAAAUCUGCGCUGCCACACAGCUGCUGCCAACCCUCUGUCACGAGGAGUGCGUUGCUCCCGUGAUUACCCCGCCGCAGGUAGCAGCACCGGUCACAGACGUGGUCGUGGCGGUAAGAGACUCAAACACCAGGAGUCAUCAGACCAGCACAGCUCUCUGGGCCUGAGCGGGAGCCGCCAGGACCCCAGAACCAGCACAGCUCCAAUGCCCCUCAACAUGCCUCUCAACAUGCCUCUCGGACCCCCAACAAACUCCUCUUCCUGGCCCUCUGUGGGCUCCCAGGCCAGCAUUCCUGCUGCCCCUUUUGCUCCCGGUAUGCUUCCAAUCUACCCCGUUUACCCUCCACUCGCCCAGCCCUUCCCCCAGCCGGUCCCAGACCCGUCACGCUUCCCCCCGACCCAGAUGGUGCCUCCGAUGAUGGCCUUCGUUCUGCCCAACUACAUGUUCCCCCAAAUGGGAGCACCCAUCCCUCAGCCAAGCGCCACCCCUGGACACUUCUACAAUCCUAACUUCACGCACCCUGUCGCCAUCCCAUCUGCUCUCCCCACCGUCAUUUCCAACCCCGUCUCCCUCCCAGCGGCCGGCGCCCCAUCUCGUAGCAGCACCCCGCAGUCCUACAGUCAGAUCCCCGCCGAACGUGAGGGCGCAGAGUCCCCCCUCUUCCAGUCCCGCUGCUCCUCUCCUCUUAACCUGCUGCAGCUGGAGGAAUCGCCAAGCAACCGGUUAGAGGUCGCAACAGCCCUGGCAGCAUCACAGCAAGCCACGCCUUCUGUGCAAGGCGGUGUGGCCGGGGGACAAGGCUCAGCCAAUCAGGGGAGCUCUGAUGAUCACUCCAAGGAGAUUGAGAAUGGUGAAACUAAUGAGUCCAACCAAGAUGCCAUGUCCACCUCCAGUGACCUGCUGGAUAUGCUGCUGCAGGAAGACUCACGCUCAGGCACCGGGUCAGCCGCCUCUGGUUCAGGCUCCUCGGGCACGAGGUCCUCUGGCUCAGGUUCCGGCUCCAACGGCUGCAGCUCCUCUGGCACCAGCGGCACAAGUGGCAGCCACACCAGCAAGUACUUCGGCAGCAUCGACUCGUCGGAGAACGACCAUUCUCGCAAGCAGCCAGCAGGGGGCAGCAGUAGUGCGGGAGGAGAUGGCGGAGAGGAGCAGUUCAUCAAGUGCGUCCUCCAGGACCCCAUCUGGCUGCUGAUGGCCAACACUGACGACAAGGUCAUGAUGACCUAUCAGCUGCCUGUCAGGGACAUGGAGACUGUGCUGCGAGAGGACCGUGAGGCCCUUAGGAGCAUGCAGAAACACCAGCCACGCUUCACCGAGGAGCAGAAGAGGGAGCUGAGCCAGGUGCACCCCUGGAUCCGCACAGGACGCCUGCCCCGAGCCAUCAACAUCUCUGGCUGCGCAGGCUGCAAGUCUCCCCCCUUUGUGCCUCCCACCGCUCCGUUCGACGUGGAGAUCCACGAGAUGGAGCUGUGCAACGUGCUGAAAGCUCAGGAGGACGGGAAGGGGAAGAAAAACCUCUCAGAGUUGGCCAUGGACGAAACUCACCCAGAGGAGGAGGAAGAGGAGGAAGAGGACGUGGACGAGAACGGUACCAGAACACAAGACGGUACCCUAGAGCUGCCAGGAGCAGAGGAGCAGAGAGCGACAGAGAAAGAAGAGAAGUCUCACAUGACUCACUGAGAAGGAGGCCAAAGAUUAAAGUCACUAUGACGACCUUUCUGCUCAUAGGCAGAAAACGUGCAUCUUCCAGCAUUUUUUGUGCCCAAAACAUGGUUUACACGGGGUGUAAAGCUGGUAGAAGUUGGGUUCGCUGGGACAUUGCCGUGCAUAUCGAUUGAGACAAUCCUCCAGUGAUUGUUGGACAGGUCAGGCAGGACACUAGGCCUGGUUGAUUCUUCAUCAAAUCCGACUUUGAUGACAGCACACUGGGCAUAUACGUAUGCCUCGGACACCACCAGGACACGCUCGCUCAGUUUUACAGAGUGAAAUCAGUACUUUUACCCUCCCCUGGUCUUGUGGCUCUCGGCAUAUUUAUUUAACUUGUAAGAUAAUCAGAGAGGACUAAGGUGAAUGUGUCACAAAACAAAAAAAAAGAAGGAAAAAAAAAAGGCGCCUUUAUACCAAGACGGAUGUUCUUCACCACAGUGUCCUCCUAGAUGUUUUAAUCCCUCCCGGGCAGGGUUCGGCUCACGACGAAAGAAGGGAGUUCAAGCCGCGGCUUCUCCUCUUGCUGAAUGUUUCUGGGAUCCUGCUCCCAGCUCGAUUGCGUCACUCUCAAAGUCUUUUUUUUUUUCUAAAAAAAGUUGUCCGGACUAAAGAGAAUGCUACUUUCACCCACUAGAUACAAUGUACAGUGAGAACCAGGUUUAUUUUGUAAACAUUGUGUAUAUUUUUAUAUUUUCAAUCCACUGCAAAUAGAGAGAGAGGAUAAAUGCCCAAACAAGUGUCUAUAUUGUAAAAAAAUAAAAUAAAAUAAAAAUAAAUAAAUAAAAAAAAAAGUAAGAAGGGUUGAAAUGUUAUCCGGCAGACAACACGAUCAGUUCAGUCUCUGACACAGAGACGUUUCUCAUGACACUAGAAAUCUAGUUGCUUUGUUGAGCAGCACACAGUUGGCCAAGAGGCUAAACCUGGACUUUUAAAGGUUUCCUCUUCGGCCGGGCAUUAGUUCUCACAAACAUCACUGACAGUAUUCCCCGGACGGCCAGCACCUCACGGAGCUGUGAAGCCUUCAGCUGAGCAAGAGCUUUUGUGUUGCCAGCGCUCGGUCAUGCUUGUAAAUGGUAUUUUGAAAGAGGCGGACGUAACUCCUAGAAAAACAACAACAACAAAAAAAAAAACUACAACUCUUGGGUUUGGAGAGUGUUUACUAUCUUUAUUCCUCUCUGUCCCUUUCUCUUUCUCUGUGGCACUGUUCUGGUCAUGUGAUAUCCUACAGUAUGCUUAAUGGCGUCAGUGGUGUCUGCAACAGUUUCUUAAUAUUUUUGUGAAGAAUUCUUUGUACAAUAAAAGACUAUAAAUGCA